CUAGCUGGCAAGAUUUCGCCACGGCAGCAAAACGGCAGCAAGACGUCAGCUAGAGAAUUGUUUAUCGUGAAGAUUUUUUCGUUUCAGCUUCCAGAAUUUUGCAAGAUUGUGCCAAUUGACCGGAUCAUAUCAGUUAAGGAUUAACAGCUUCUGGGUUAUCAUCUUCAAAGAAGACAUGUUAAUUUGAAGGUGUAAAUAAAGUUGAUAUAUCUUCGACCCACUACCACGUAAACGUUCUGGUUUUUGUUCGGUUCUCUCCGCCCUUUUCGCCCAGGACUAUCCCGGCGAUAACCCGUGGUUUGUCCGCUGAUAGAUACCGUCGGAGCAGAGGCCUGACCCAAAAAAUUGAAGUCGGAGCAAAGGGACAGACCCAAAAAAUGGAAGUCGGAGUUGUGUGUAUACCAGACGAUGACGAUCUUAAUAGGUUUAGGAACUUGGUAGAUAAUACAGAUGGUUGGAAUAUUAAAUAUAACAAAAACAACAUAAAAGUCUGGGUUCAGAAUCUAAGUGAGAAGGAAGCCACAUCAACAAGAAUCCGCAUGUUAAAGGCUGUUUAUGUAAUGAAUGAUGUAUCUGCAGCUCUUGCCUAUGAUGUCCUCCAUGAUCCAGAAUACAGGAAAGAAUGGGACAAACACAUGAUAGAAGGAAAGGAGAUCUGUAUGCUUAAUCCAAAUAAUGACAUCAGUUAUUAUUCAUUGAAAUGUCCAUCACCAAUGAAGAAUAGGGAUUUUGUGACCCAAAGAACAUGGCUAGAGACUGCCCAAGAAUAUAUCAUCUUCAACCACUCAGUAUUCCAUAAGGAUCUACCUCCAAAGAAAGGUUUAAUCCGAGGUGAAUCAAUACUGACAGGUUACCUGGUGAGACCGAGAGGAAAGAAUAGCUGUGAACUAUACUACGUCACACAAUCAGACCCUAAAGGAUCAGUACCCAAAUGGGCAGUAAACAAAGUGGCACAGAUAGUAGCUCCAUCGGUGAUGAAGUCAUUACGUAAGGCAUGUCUAGGCUAUCAGAAAUGGAAGAGCUCCCACAAUCCUGGCUUCAAACCUUGGUUAUACCCUGAGCAGGCUAUGGAGAACCUGCCCCGUCUUGACGAGAAGGACAUCCUAGCCAAGCAAGAGUACCCCUCUGAUGACUCCCUUGAUGAGACUGGGAUGAAGGAAGAAGACUUCAACGAUAGCAAUCUCAUGGCAGAAGACAAGGAGGUUUUAUGAGGAGAAUCUGUAGCUGUUGCCAUGGCAAUGUGAUGGAGACUUCCAUGUUGUGUCUGGAGAUAUUUUCAACCAGUCUUGCUCUUCUUACUAUGAUUUUAUUUCGCUAACUUACACAAGUGACUAAGUGGGGAUAUACUGUAUUUACUUGUGAAACAGCUUUGACUUUACAAUUUUUACUUACAGUACUUCACAAAAUUAAAAAGACCAAGGCCAUAUCUUGUCCUGGGAAUAGCUUUGACUAGGCAAAGUUUAAAGUAACAAGAGAUGAACUCGGUCAAAGAUAGCUGUGGGUAGGCACCUUUUCCGGUCUAAGACUCAUUUCUCAGUGGGAAUCCUGCCUAGUAUCUUUACCUCACUUAUCAGCAUAGAGAUAAGAGUUUGGAAAGUGGGAAAGACAAUGAGGGAUUCAAAAGAUGUUGCUUUGUUUAUGUGCCUUAGUUGAUGGAAUGAAUCAUUUUGUCCUUCCCUCAUCAAUGGAUAAUGAUAGAUAUCCCUCCAUGGCUAUACUUCUUAAUACAUACUGUACAUUGGAGUUGAGAGAGACUUGAAAUAAGUUCCUGAUUGGCAGGGUUAGAAAUGCACGCUGGACUAUGCCAAAUCCUGUCUUCCAUUAAGGAAUAAUGAAUAAUUAAUCCCAAAGAGCUCAUUUUCAUGACAUAAGUCACCUCUUCAAUGUAGUAUGUUCUGCAGACAAUGUAGGUAAUUGCAAUUGAUUAAUAGACUAAUUAGUGGUUGCUUUACUUUAAAUGACUUGUGUUCAGAUUGUGAGAAAAAAAAAAUAGUUUUGAUUUGUAAUCGUUUACAACUUUCCCCCAUUCUUAAAAUGUGUAUUUUCAUUGUCCCAUUGUAACAAGCAUAAAGUAUGAAUAUGUAAAGUCAUUCGCAAUUAUGAAAUCAGUGUGUAAAGGUUGCUUGUUGCUGCAGCUUACAUUUGUUUCAGUGAAUAAAAUUCUGAAAACAAAUGGCAAUAAGAGAAUUUGAUAAUACACUGAAUGACUAUCAUUUUAAGUGGGUAUUGGACAAAGAUGGGCUUCACCUUGACCUUGGCCUUAGUCAGAGAAUGUGUAAAAAUACUAUGGUAGAACUUUGAACUCCCGACCUUGGUAUCCCAAGUAUUGGACCAAGGCAAUCAUUCAACCAGGGCCUUGUCAUGAAUAAGUGGUACAAUACUGAAUAUUAUUCAGUUAACUGUAAUUUAGGGAAAACCAUGUGCAGAAUGAAAAUAAGAUCAAAAUGCUCUGUUCCAGGGACCAAAUGAUUUUAGACCAAGUGUCUCCAACUUCAAAUACUGAAUUACCAAUGGUGGAUUUAAUUUUGACUACAUUAUAUUUAUAAAUUAUGUUUUAUAAAUAUUUCAUGCCUUAUAUCUAAUUUAGCAGGAAUAUUGCGGAAAAGUCUAAUAAUCAUUGGGCCUAAUUUUGCAGUUGUUGGUAUUUUUAAGAAAAAAAACUGUUUAUGACGGCAAAUUGAUUUACUGACAAAAAAAUGGAUCAUAGCAAUAAUCAUGUAUUUGGCACACUGCAAAAAGCUUGCUUUCAAUAUCGGACCUUUUCUUUCUGCAUUUAUGUAAGCUUAAAAAAUCAAGUGUAACUUACUAAUGAAAUUUGUAUAAACCAUGAUUCAAACUAUAGAUUAAAACUAGGGAUUCAAAACCG